GUGAGUGCCUGGCUAUAAAGUAGUCCAUUUUGAAAUUCUCAUCCUCCGACAAAUUUCUCAGCCUAUCUUCUCCUCUCUCUCUCUCUCUCUCUCUCUCAUUCGCAGCAAUAAUGGACCCUCUCACUGUACUCUACAUCGUUCUGGCAUCCUGCUCCUGCUUCAUGAUCUGGAAAUUCUUCGACCGCAAAAAAGACCAAGAAUGCUACAUCCUCGACUACCAGUGUUAUAGACCCACCGACGAUCGAAAGCUCUCUACCGAGUUCUGUGGAAGAGUCAUCAAGCGAACCGAAAACCUCGGCCUCAGCGAGUACAAGUUCCUCCUCAAAGCCAUCGUCAGCUCCGGCAUCGGCGAGCAAACGUACGCCCCAAGAAACGUCUUCUCCGGCCGCGAAGCCUCGCCCACUCUCGCCGACGGCGUCUCCGAGAUGGAGGAGUUCUUCCACGACAGCAUUGCCAAGCUUCUCGCCAGGUCAGGCAUUUCCCCCUCCGAAAUCGACAUCCUCGUCGUUAACAUCUCCAUGUUCGCUUCCCUCCCCUCCUUGUCCUCCCGCAUCAUUAAUCAUUACAAAAUGAGGGAGGACAUUAAGGUUUACAACCUCACCGGCAUGGGUUGUAGCGCUAGCCUUAUUUCUCUCGACAUUAUUAAGAAUAUUUUCAAGACUCAGAAGAACAAGUACGCUCUUUUGGUCACUUCGGAGUCCCUGAGUCCGAAUUGGUAUUCUGGGAACGACAAAUCCAUGGUUCUGGCCAAUUGCUUAUUUCGCUCCGGAGGGUGUGCCAUUUUGUUGACCAAUAAAAGGUCCUUAAAGCAUAAGGUCAUGUUGAAGUUAAAGUGUCUGGUGAGGACCCAUCACGGGGCUAGAGAAGAAGCGUAUAACUGUUGCAUUCAGAAGGAAGAUGAUCAAGGAAGGCUAGGGUUUCACCUUGGGAAGACUCUCCCAAAGGCAGCCACUAGGGCUUUCGUAGACAACUUAAGGGUAAUCUCACCUAAGAUUUUACCCAUGAGGGAGUUGCUAAGGUUCAUGGUCGCGUCCCUGAUCAAGAAGCUCAACGUUAAAGGAAGCUCGCCCAAGUCUUCAAGCGGAGUAACAAAAUCGCCAUUGAAUUUCAAAACUGGGGUGGAUCAUUUUUGCUUACAUACAGGAGGAAAAGCAGUGAUAGAUGGGAUCGGAAUGAGCUUGGAUCUGAGCGAGUACGAUCUGGAGCCGGCGAGGAUGACCCUGCACCGGUUCGGGAACACUUCUGCAAGUAGCCUGUGGUACGUGUUAGGGUACAUGGAGGCGAAGAAGAGGUUGAAGAAAGGUGACACAGUGUUCAUGAUAAGUUUUGGUGCAGGCUUUAAAUGUAACAGCUGUUUGUGGGAGGUAAUGAGAGAUGUGGGAAGUAGGAAUGUGUGGGACGAUUGUAUUGAUGACUAUCCACCAGAGUCUCUGGCCAAUCCAUUCAUGGAGAAGUAUAGUUGGAUCAAUGACCUGACGGUGGAGGAUCUGCCCAACGUGCAAAUCCCAGAUUUUCUCAAGUAAAUCGGUUCGUUGCUGGUGGGAUAUAUGGUGGUUUAAUUUGCAUUGUUUGAGAUAUUAUUUAUUUUGCAUAUUUUUCUCUGCACACUUAUUAAUUAUACUCCCCUUAUUGUUAAACCCUUCAAGGGUUCAUUACCCAAUAAGGUGUGCUGCUUCUAACACGCACCAUCGAAGAAGUGUGCCACUGAUGAAAGGGUAUUCUCUGCUCCCCUCCUAGUUCCUCUUUUUUUCUUUUUCUUUUUUUUCCUUAUUUGCUAUGCUUAACAGUUUAAUUUAAUUUCUCUUCUACUUGGAAAAAAAGUGAAAAAAGAGAAAAUUAAGAAAAAUGUUGUACUUUUUGCCUUAUAAUCAAUCAUAUAUAUGAAUUCCCUAUCAA